AUGCCAAUUCCGGGGUCCUCAGGGUGGACAUUUCGCCGCGGUGCAUCUUGGGUCUCUCUUUUCCUUCCCAGACUCGUUCCUGCAAUCAUGGGAAAGUGUCGUGGUCUGCGCACAGCCAGGAAGCUCCGCAAUCACCGCCGUGAGCAGAAAUGGCAUGACAAGCAGUACAAGAAGGCUCACCUGGGCACCGCCCUCAAGGCCAAUCCCUUUGGAGGGGCUUCUCACGCCAAAGGCAUCGUUCUGGAGAAAGUCGGUGUGGAGGCUAAGCAGCCCAAUUCGGCCAUCAGGAAGUGCGUGAGGGUGCAGCUCAUUAAGAACGGCAAGAAGAUCACCGCUUUCGUCCCCAACGACGGCUGCCUCAACUUCAUCGAGGAGAACGACGAGGUCCUGGUGGCAGGCUUCGGUCGUAAGGGGCACGCCGUGGGAGACAUUCCCGGAGUUCGCUUCAAGGUGGUCAAAGUGGCCAACGUGUCUCUGCUGGCGCUAUACAAAGGCAAGAAGGAGAGACCCAGGUCAUAAAAGGCAGACAAGCAAAUAAAGAGUGUCACGUCAUA